CAAGUACAACAUCGUAAACAUUUUUACAUUGGAUCUCAAUUCUCACGCAAAGCUCAAGACAAGAUGGGUGUACUCAGUUCGGAUCAGCUCCAAUUCUUCAACUCUAAAGGUUAUCUUGUAAUUGAAUCAUUUGCUAGUAAGGAGGAGAUUGAGGCCAUGAUGAAGAGGAUGGAGCAGUUGGUGGAUGAGUUUGAUCCUUCCUCCACUGCCUCUAUUUUCUCCACCAAGAAUCAGCAACAGUCGACUGAUGAUUACUUUUUCGAGAGUGUGGAGAGAGUUUCGUUCUUCUUCGAGGAGAAAGCUUUUGGGGAUGAUGGUAACUUAAGGCAACCGAAGCAACUCUCCCUUAAUAAAGUUGGCCAUGCACUUCAUGAGAUUGAGCCCGCAUUCAAGAAGUUUUCUUCUUCUGAGAAACUUUCAAGUUUGAUGUAUUCCUUGGGUUACAAGAGACCAGUAAUCAUGCAGUCUAUGUACAUAUUUAAGCAACCAGGCAUUGGAGGUGAAGUAGUGCCACACCAGGACAACUCAUUUCUUUAUACUGAACCACAAACAUGCACGGGGCUGUGGCUGGCUCUAGAAGAUGCUACCAUAGUAAAUGGUUGCCUGUGGGCAAUUCCUGGAUCUCACAAAAAGGGGCUUGUUAGAAGGUUCUUAAGAGAUGAAGAUGGUGUCAAGUUUGAUCGACCAUCACCAACUUAUGAUCAUAAAGAUUUUGUUCCUAUUGAAGUAAAAUCUGGGUCUUUGGUUGUCAUACAUGGUGAUCUUAUCCACCAAAGCUUUGAAAACCAGUCCCCAAAAUCAAGGCAUGCGUACAGUUUGCAUGUGGUGGAUACUGAUGGCUGCAAAUGGGCACCAGAAAACUGGAUCAGACGGAAAGUGGAGCCAGAACCACUCUAUGUACGCUGACAAUCUAUAAUCACUGUAUUUUAAACCUGAAUUUGCAAGUUUGUACAAAAGCUAAAGUAUUUUUAAUCUGUUGUUAUAAGCGUUGCAAUAAUGUGUCCCCUGUUUGUGUUGCCA